AGCAAUUUCGGUGUACGCUGCCGCUGGCAUUGUUGGCAUUGUGCAACGUGCGCGAUGCGGCGAUGACAUUGCUCAUGUUAGUUGGUGCGUGGCGGUUGGGAAGUGAGGGUGUACGCACGAAGUGGACACGAGUUUCCUCGGCAUGGCAGUUCAAAACGGAAUCAAAAGCAACGGCUGGGUCGGCCCAGAGACGCGGGAAGAGCCGCUGUACGACCCGGCGUUGCUGCAGGGGCUGGACUGGAAGAGCGUGACUUGUAUGAAGGAUGGAGUUACUUCAGACAGCCCAGGUCUUGGCUUCAGAGUCCGGCCACUUCAAAGGGACGACUUCAAUAAAGGUUUCCUGGAGCUGCUAAGUCAUCUUACGAAAGUUGGGGAUGUAACCAAGGAACAGUUUCAAGCUCGGUUUGACGCGAUGCGCGCGUGUCGUGACCAUUACUACGUGACUGUAGUCGAGGACCUCAACAAGGGAACCAUCAUCGCUUCUGCUACCCUCGCCGUCGAGUUGAAGUUCAUCAGAGGGUGUGCCAAGAGAGGACGACUGGAGGAUGUCGUGGUGAGCGAAGAGUAUCGAGGCCGGCAGCUGGGCAAACUAAUCGUUAGCACGAUCACGCUGCUGGCGAAGAAGGUUGGCUGCUACAAGAUUGGACUCGACUGCAAAGACAGCAUGAAGGCUUUCUACAACUCCUUCGGCUAUGCUGGAGAGAAGGGCAACGACAACACAAUGAUUAUCAGAUUCUGACGUCAUCCUAACUCCAAGCUCUAGCCAAUUACUAAGCAACGCAUGCUGAAGUACGGUAUUAUAUUUUUACGAGCUUUACGCUGAAACCUUUGUAUUAUUACAUGGGAAGGUUUAGACUUGAGCAAACCAACAAAGCGAUCAAUGUUCUGUUAAGUAUUGUACUUUAAGAGGUUUAUACAGUUGUACACGUUAGUAUUUCGAGAAACUUUAUGCCAAUUCCUGAUUCUGUGAUAUUUUAAAUGUGCA